CAACGUUGUGCACUGCUUGCAGUGCCACAAACCCCACGACCAUCUCUCUGUUCAUCUGGCCAGGGUGUGCAUGAAGAACUGCACACCUGAGGAAAGAGCAGCUGAAGUUCAGAGAGCCAAAGCUUCAAGCAGAGAGUGGGUCUGCAACAACAGGAGCUGGGACUUCAACCAGCUCUGUGUGCUCCUGCCUGACAGACGCUCUCGGGUCACCAUGGUCAAGGAGCUUCUUAGACGUGGUUUUUUCAUCACGAACCAGCCCCGGGACUCUGAGUCUGAGGGUGACCUGGAAGAAGAAGCUGCUGUUGCUGGUCCGUCUGAUCUUCCUCAAACCCGGGUCGUUAAAAGGUGGGCUCCUGCCAUAACAGACUGCCAGAAGAUUUUGCGAGUGGCAAAGUCAGACGUGCUCAGGAUCCAGAGGGACGUCCAGGUGGGCAGAGAGCUCUCCAGCACCCACAAGACGCUGUACCGUUACUACUGCGAGGCGCUGUUGGUGUUUGUCCACAUGCAGCGUCCACGAGCUGUGGAAGCCUUGACUGAUUCAGAGUGGGUGAACAGGACCGAGCUGGGUGACAGGGUUGUGAUUGGCGUACAAAGGGGCACAACCUCGAGUAUGCAGAUCGCUCUGACCCAAGAAGAGCAAGCUUGCUUGGAGCUGUACUUCACCACCAUCAGGCCUGAGAGCGUUCAGUCUGAAAAGCUUUGCAAGACCUUCUUUGUCUCGUCGUCCGGCGUGGAUGUUCACAGUGUCUCACGGGACAUGAAUCGGUUCCAUAAAUUGUACAAGCUGGCUCCUUUCUCUUCCCAGUGUGUGCGAGGGGCUGUUGAGGCGGCUGCAGAAAAGCUCCCGGUGCAACAACAGGGAGCAUUGCAGCAUUACCUGGGCCUCAGCGCUGGUGCAUUUCAGCCUCAGGAUGUCGUCGACGCAGCUCUACUGCUUGAGUCAUUGUCCAGGACUUCCGUGGAUGAGACAUCUUUGACCUCCAGCGGUACAGCACAGAAGGACUUUAUUGAGUUUGUGGCCAGAUUUCCUGUUUCCAUCGAGGGUCAGCCACCAUCCAAGAAGAAGCGGGUCGAAUCUGGUUUUCCAGAUGACCGCGUUUUUUAUGACAAGUGGAGGAUCACCCAGUAUGCCCAGAGACAGGAAUAUCUGCUGUCACAUUUCACAGUCCGCAAGCCUUCGGCUGCAAAGGUGGCACGGCUUAUCAUGCAGGAGGGCUGGAAGGUCAACUGUCCUAAGCCAGAGGACAUCGAACGGCUGUGGGUGCCACCUUCGAAGGUAGCAGUUGAAGAUGACAAGUUCAUCCUCAGCUGUGUUUCUCAGCAGACCUGGUCAGGCCUGGCCAUCAAAGACUUCGGUGCCAAGCAAGGUUUAGGAGUCGUUGCGACCCGGCAGUUCUCCAUGCACGACAUUGUCUGUGACUACCAUGGCAGGGUCAUCUCAGGUGCUGAAGGGAGGGCCAAGAUGGAAGGACUGAAUGACCGGGUACCUGUUUUUCUUCAAGGCUGGACAGAGAGACCUGUGCGUGGAUGCCCAGACCUUCCCCUGUGAGUGCCACCCUGCUACAGACACUGUGGGCAGGCGGAUUAAUCACUCUAUGAGGGCGCCUAACCUGAAGCCCUUUCACUGCAGGCUGCGUGUGAAUGGAGAGGAAAAGGACACCAUUCUCUUCAGGGCACUGCAGGACAUCAGUGUGGGCACAGAGUUGUGUUUCAACUACGGAGUGAAACGGACCUGGACUGGCUGGAUGAUUAGGCUUGGUCUUGGUCUUUCAGAGACAUGUGUCGUGCACUUCCUCGCCAACACCUGUGCUUAAUUUCUUGUACUUCUGUUUAUAAUUUUUUGGUGUAUUUUUGUUUUGCACUUUAAUACAUUUUAUACACUUUUCAUAAAAUACAGUUGUGUUCUUUAAAAAAGUGAGAGUUUUAAGCUUGUGAAUUGCUUUAAUUACUUUAAUGUUUAACUUGCUCAGAAGUAUUAAUAGCCUUAAACCAUUCUGUGUGUUUCUUGUAUGGUUUGUGUAUUUCUGAUGCCCACUCUAAUAAAUCGAAUACUUUUUUACUGAAACACAGUUGUUAUAAAGUUUAACUAGCAGCAGCUUUUAGCAGGGACACUAAAAUAGCAUAGCAAUGGUCUCUCCCUUUGUGUGUGUAUAUUGGCUAUGUUGGAAAUAUUUUUUUUUUAAAACAAUUAACCAUAAUGAUAUAUAAAAUAUGUCAUAUUUUAGAGGGCCUCUACAACACCUGUGCUUAAUUUUUUACCACUGUUUACAUUUGUGUGUUUUUCUGUUGUGCACUUUAAUAAA